AUGGACGGUCCUACCCAUGCAGGCGUAUCUGAAAACUGGGCGGAGGCGUACUAUCGCCAACAGGCUCAGGAUCGCAAGUCUCAAGGAUGGGGAGCUCUUUUUCGACCGGCAGUCAUCGUGGCAUACAUCGAUGUUGCAGGGCACGUUAUCGUCGGCCCACUAGUGUUGAUCGUGCUGUUCACCACCACCAACUAUUUAUCUCAUGCCUCAGUCUUCAUGCAGGCCGACCAGAGUAUUUUUGCAUUCACGGAGCGAGAUCCGUCUAUGGCUGGAGGAUGCACGGGGUGCCUCGGCCCGUGUAAAAUCGCCAUGCUCAAGUACAAGUUGAUCGAGAAUGUAGCCAUCACUUCCGCCCCACCAUUCUUUACUUUCACCUCUUUGGCGCCAAACGUGUCGUUGUACGACUUCAGCUCUCUUAGUGACGAGGAGCUCGCGUUCUCGGAAGCUCUGGAUGCGAAUGCUCAAGAACUCUACAACAUUAUCAAGAUAGCGAAGCUCAAUCUCUCCCCACAGAUGAUACGUGAGUUGGAGUUAGCCAUUGAACAAGCCGACGAGUGCGUUACCGGUUGGACUAUGAUGUCAGUCGUUAGGCUUUUCCAGUACCCGACAAUGGCGGGUAGCACGGAUUUCGGCCAGGUUCCUGCCGUGGAUACCCACGUUUUCCCAGAUUACGCAGAGUGUCGCCCUGUAUUGGAGAUAACCGAUGAGCUUGUGCGUUCGAAGUUGGCACUGGAAACAAACGGUCGAGACCUGUUGGAGGUGGUCCCGGAUGAAUUGAAGCUGUUUCCUUAUAGUUUUACCAGCAGUUUGCCUCGAAUCUCACGCACUACGCCAGCGGAUAUAUCCAAAACGAAAAAUGGUGCGACGACGGUGGUGCAGUCUUACUUCCGAGCCUACUAUGGCGGCUGUCGUGUCCGUGCGGUGAAUACUACCGGCGUUUACAUUGAAGACACGUGCGAGGUCUCUAAACGCUGGCUGAGUUAUGGAUUAAUGGUGCAUUCUCCGGAUGAUAUUCCUCUAUGCAGCACUGGAGACGUCUGCAUCCACAACUUCUUUAUUUCUUUGUGGGAAUGGGAGCACUACAUCGACCCGAAUGUACCUAACCGCGUGGGUAUGAACCUCAACACAUUCCGUAGUCGAUACGCGGAUACUGUUGCUAUCAGCGUGCUACCAGGUCUUGUGGUGGCACAGAUGCUUGCCUCGGGGGUCAUCAGUCUCUACCAGGUGAUGUCGCACAAGCGAUCGGUUUUACUCACGCAGAUCUGGGCAUAUCGGUGCCAGAACGGCGUCAUGCAGGUGAUUUACCUCGCGCAGGUCAUGUACCACCUCGUCUACAACUCCGACUUUGUCGGUUUACUGUUGAAGUCCAUCCAACACACGCCUAUCGGGUCGAUUCUCUCACAUAACGCGGAGAUUUUGCGCAAGACUUCCCUUCGUGGGGCCAAAUACUGCGGUCUGAAUGACGCGUGUAUCUUGUUUACUGUCAACAUCCCCACCGUUGUGACGCUUGUGUCUGUUGGGUUUGCUGUCGAAGCGGUUAUCAUCGCGUAUGCCGACAGAACGCUUGCUCUCAAGACGAGGGCCAUGUCAUCGCUCCGUAGGUCUUGGUCAUCCCGGCAUUCACUGAGAAAUUGUAUCGGAGGGCCAGUCAAAAAGUUCUUCCAAGACUGCGACGACAUUGCGUACGUCGUGUACAACGGAAAGCGCUGUACCUCCGUUGAAGCACUGCUGCUGACUGGAAACUUGUACUACGGGGAACACGUCUACCGGUCCUCCUCCGUCAUGUUGUUGCUGCUGGCGCGAAUAGCUCCGCGGAAAAUCAUACGCACCUUCAAUGUGCUUCUACUUCGCUGGCGCGUUGACCCAAUAAACGGCACUUUCUCACAGGUAAGGUCCUGUACAUGGUAUCACGCCAGUGAAGAGAAUCACAGGUUGCAAGGUGUCGUUCCGUUGGCCUAA